AUGUUAAUUUUUCUCUUUCAUUUAGUACACUCGUAAUACAUACAGGAUGGAAUAAGAAUUAUAGAAAAAGGAAUGAAAUUAUCUCCUGAUAACUAUCUAGUUAACUAGAACUGUCCAGCAAGUUUAAACAUCUUUUGUGAUAAGCCAUUUUCAUCAAUUUCAAUUCAAGAAUAAGAAACCUUAAAUUUUGUUUAAAUUCAAGUACGAUGUUAUAUUUAAAUAGGUUUAAUAAGUGCUAAAAUCGCUAGAGCCUGAAUAAAAUAAACAUUAAUAUUAUAAUAAAAUUAUCAAUCAAUUAUUAUAAGAAAUCGUUCUAUAUGAUCAAAACGAAGAGUUUUUGUCAUUUGCCUUUAAAUUUAGUUAAUUUUAUCCAGAAAAAGAUUUGUAGUUAAUUUAGGAAAAGUUUUAUAUAGAUUCAUUUAAUCGAUCAGCCAUUUUAAUUGAUAAUAAUAAUAACAGUUUGUAAGAAUAAAAUACUACACUAUUUAUGAACUUUCAAGAUUUAUAUACUCCUUCUAGCAAUAUCAUUUUAAAUCACAAAUUAUAAUCAGCUAAUGCUUUGUAUCCUCCGGAUAAAUUUAAUAUAAGAACAGCAGAUAAGAAAGGUUGCAUCUAUUUUACUAAACCAAUUUAUCUAUCAUAGUUUUAUGUCUUGAGUUACAAUGCUAAUUCCAAAAUUAGAAUCAAUUAUGACGACAAGUUAAUUAAGGUGAUUUCAAUUCCUUUUAAAAAUUAAUGGGUAUUAGUUUUUGGUCCAAAUGGCUAUUAAAUCAAUAAUAUUACAAUCCCUUAGCAGACUCACAUUGAUUCACUCGUAAUUCAAGUUUAGAAAUAACCAUAUACAAAAUAAUAAAUUACUGUUUUGGUCAUUCACCGGAUUCUGGAAAGAUAUUAUUAAUUAAAUUCAGAAGAUGUAUUAAAUUCAUUGAGUGAAGAGGAGGGUGAGGAGGAAUGGCAAUUAAAUUAAGAAGAAUGGGAUUCAUUUUAUGAUGAAUUGUAUUAUUAGUUGAUAAAAGAAUUAUUGGAAUUUUUAGAAAAAAUUUUGGCUAAAAUUAAUUAGUUAAAAAUAUCAAAUUAAUUUGAAUCAUUAACUUCAAGAUAAAUACUAGAUAUAUUAUAAGAUGUAUGUAAGUAUUAGAUUAUAAAAAGAUUAAAAAUGAGAUAUCAUAAAAUGAGAUCUUGAUAUUUUAAACUUUAUUUUCAAAUUUCAUGGAUGAGAGGUACUCUGAGAAUGACAUAGUCUUAAUGUACGUAAAGUUAGUUGAAAUAAGUGAAGAACUAAAAGAUAAUAAUUUAGAUUGA